AUGUCUCAGGACAAGAACAUCUACCCCGGGGUCAUGGGGGAGAACAACCCCCUCCACAACAACGUCUACGGACCACCCCAGCCCGGAUUUGGGAUACCCCCUCCCAACUACACCCAGGCCUCAGUGCAAGCUCCAUACCCCGGCCAGCCUGCAUCCUACGGCCAGCCUGCACCCUACGGCCAGCCUGCACCCUACGGUCAACCUGCACCCUACGGUCAACCUGCACCCUACGGUCAACCUGCACCCUACGAUCAACCUGCACCCUAUGGUCAGCCUGUUUUCCCCCAGGGAGGCCCUGGGUUUGGACAAGGACCCUACCCUCAGAUGCCUUAUCCCCAGGCCCCGUACCCUGCGGGGCCCUACCAGCAACCUGCACAGCCAGGGUUCCCUGGUGACCCCAACGGUGAGUGGAAGGAAGUUGACAUCUACUAGUUCAGGAUGUGUUUUCAGAGACUGCUUUUUGUUGGGCAUUGUUUAGGAGAGUGGAGUCUACUUUCCUACACUGUAACACACUGUAGGUAACUCUCAGGCUAUACUGCAGUUUGGAAACUGUAACUACCCAUGUCAUACACAUUAUUCCACAUCAUUAUUCCAUCAUUAUUCAAGUACAGUUAAAUGAACGCCGUUACGAAAGUCUUCACUCCCACUUAUACAGUGGCUUGCGAAAGUAUUCACCCUCCUUGGCAUUUUUCCUAUUUUGUUGCCUUACAACCUGGAAUUAAAAUGGAUUUUUUGGAGUUUGUAUCAUUUGAUUUACACAACAUGCCUACCACUUUGAAGAUGCAAAAUUUUUUUUUUUGUGAAACAAACAAGAAAUAAGACAAAAAAACAGAACUUUGAGCUUGCAUAACUAUUCACCCCCCCAGAGUCAAUACUUUGUAGAGCCACCUUUUGCAGCAAUUACAGCUGAAAGUCUCUUGGGGUAUGUCUCUAUAAGCUUGGCACAUCUAGCCACUGGGAUUUUUGCCCAUUCUUCAAGGCAAAACUGGUGUACAGCAAUCUUUAAGUCAUACCACAGAUUCUCAAUUGGAUUGAGGUCUGGGCUUUGACUAGGCCAUUCCAAGACAUUUAAAUGUUUCCCCUUAAACCACUUGAGUGUUGCUUUAGCAGUAUGCUUAGGGUCAUGGUCCUGCUGGAAGGUGAACCUCCGUCCCAGUCUCAAAUCUCUGGAAGACUGAAACAGGUUUCCCUCAAGAAUUUCCCUGUAUUUAGCACCAUCCAUCAUUCCUUCAAUUCUGACGAGUUUCCCAGUCCCUGCUGAUGGAAAAACAUCCCCACAGCAUGAUGCUGCCACCACCAUGCUUCACUGUGGGGAUGGUGUUCUCGGGGUGAUGAGAGGUGUUGGGUUUGCGCCAGACAUAGUGUUUUCCUUGAUGGCCAAAAAGCUCAAUUUUAGUCUAAUCUGACCAGAGUACCUUCUUCCAUAUGUUUGGGGAGUCUCCCACAUGCCUUUUGGCGAACACCAAACGUGUUUGCUUAUUUUUGUCUUUAAGCAAUGGCUUUUUUCUGGCCACUCUUCCGUAAAGCCCAGCUCUGUGGAGUGUACGGCUUAAAGUGGUCCUAUGGACAGAUACUCCAAUCUCCGCUGUGGAGCUUUGCAGCUCCUUCAGGGUUAUCUUUGGUCUCUUUGUUGCCUCUGAUUAAUUCCCUCCUUGCCUUGUCUGUGAGUUUUGGUGGGCGGCCCUCUCUUGGCAGGUUUGUUGUGGUGCCAUAUUCUUUCCAUUUUUUAAAAUAAUAAUGAUGCUCUGUGGGAUGUUCAAAGUUUUAGAUUUUUUUAAAUAACCCAACCCUGAUCUGUACUUCUCCACAACUUUGUCCCUGACCUGUUUGGAGAGCUCCUUGGUCUUCAUGGUGCCGCUUGCUUGGUGGUGCCCCUUGCUUAGUGGUGUUGCAGACUCUGGGGCAUUUCAGAACAGGUGUAUAUACAGUGGGGGAAAAAAGUAUUUAGUCAGCCACCAAUUGUGCAAGUUCUCCCACUUAAAAAGAUGAGAGAGGCCUGUAAUUUUCAUCAUAGGUACACGUCAACUAUGACAGACAAAUGGAGAGAAAAAAAAUCCAGAAAAUCACAUUGUAGGAUUUUUUGUCAUUUUAGCAGACGCUCUUAUCCAGAGCGACUUACAGUUAGUGAGUGCAUUCAUUUAUUUUUAUACUGGCCCCCCGUGGGAAUCGAACCCACAACCCUGGCGUUGCAAGUGCCAUGCUCUACCAACUGAGCUACACGGGGCUGACAGAUCAUGUAACACUUAGAUUGCACACAGGUGGACUUUAUUUAACAAAUUAUGUGACUUCAUAGCAAAGGGGGUGAGUUAUUUUUUUCAUUUCACUUCAACCAAUUUGGACUAUUUUGUAUAUGUCCAUUACAUGAAAUCCAAAUAAAAAUCAAUUUUAAAUUACAGGUUGUAAUGCAACAAAAUAGGAAAAACGCCAAGGGGGAUGAAUACUUUUGCAAGGCGCUGUAUGCCAUAAAGCUAUGUCAGUUUUCCGUUUUAAAAUGCACGGUUUGGAAAUUCUUUCUAUUUAGGUCGCGGUUUGGUUUUCCAUUUAGGUGGAUGUAUAAUUACCUCGGGAAACUGCUGCCUGUUUGUCUUUAUUUCACUGUCCUUCAUGAAAAAGCCAAACUGUCUCUCUAACCAACUAACUGACUGACUGAUCAAUAACUAUCAAUAUAGAAUUCACUCAAUGACUCGUGUCAGUAACAACCCAUGCGGUGGUCUAACAAUUGACAAGCAUUUGAUUGCCAAUAUUUUGUUCUUCUUGUUGUCGGGGGUUUUCAGCUUCUAUGGGUGAUGGUUACCAUGGGGACGUGCCACCAUCUUACUACGACAAUGAGGAGUUCACCAACUCUGGCUUUGAGGACAAGAGCAUUCGACAGGCCUUCAUCAGAAAGGUGAGGGAGGAGAGGGGACAGGGGAGUGCAUGAAUGAGAACAGAAUACCAUUGUGUUAUUUUCACGUUUUUGACUAUUAUUCAAAUUAUACAAUUACUGCAAAAAGCUAGCUAGAAAAGUUUCAGCAUUUUAUUUCCGAAGCCAAUGUUAUGUGUUGACUGACCUUUUAUCAUAGUUAUUCAAAAGCUUUCUUGAAACAGUCCUAUAACAUCUGUCUGUCCAACAUUCUCCCCCUCCCAGGUGUUCCUGGUGCUGACCGUUCAGCUGAUGGUCACCUUCUCCUUCGUAGCCGUCUUCACCUUUGUUGAUGACGCCAAGUUGUUUGUGCGGCGUAACCCCUGGACAUACUACGUGUCCUACGCCAUCUUCUUCGUGUCUCUCAUCACCCUCAGCUGCUGUGGAGAGUUCCGCCGCAAACACCCCUGGAACCUGGUGGCAUUGGUACGCCUCUACCCUAUUCCCUGUAUCAAACACCCCUGGAACUUGCCGGUAUUGGUACGGCCCUACCCUAUUCCCUAUAUCAAACACCCCUGGAACCUGGUGGCAUUGGUACGGCUCUACCCUAUUCCCUGUAUCAAACAACCCUGGAACUUGCCGGUAUUGGUACGGCUCUACCCUAUUCCCUGUAUCAAACACCCCUGGAACCUGGUGGCAUUGGUACGGCCCUACUCUGACUGCAUCCCAAAUAUUACCACAUUCUGUAGAUGGUGCACUACUUUUGAAGUAUUGCACUAUGUAGGGAAUAGGGUGCCAGUAUUGCACUAUGUAGGGAUUCGUUUGCAAUUUGGGACUCAGAUCAACGAAGAGAUGAAACAUAGAUCAGAGUGAUGACGUGACUGUCUACAGUAGUAGACUCUGUGAGAGGGAUGUGUUGUUGUUGUAAUCCUGACGUUGUCUGUGUGUCUGUCCUCAGUCCAUCCUGACCCUAAGUCUUUCCUACAUGGUGGGGAUGAUCGCCAGCUUCAAUGACACAGAGACGGUCAUCAUGGCCGUGGGCAUUACCGCUGUGGUCUGCUUCACCGUGGUCCUCUUUUCACUACAGGUCAGUAGUACACACACACACUCCCACCUUGCUGUCAGUGUCACUCCAUCACACUUCCUUUGUUGCGAACAAUGAUAUUAUGCUGUCUUUUUCUGCCUCCAUGGCCUUUGUUUCAGUUUCACUAUUACUAUCACGUACUAUUACUAUCACGUACUAUCCCAUAGCCUUGAGAAUUGAGGAACGUGCAGAGGCUUUAACCUCAACUCUAACCUCAACUCAAUAACAAUCCUUGACAAUCCCUAAUUUCCUUGUUUUCUACCCCAAUCCAGAGCAAGUAUGACUUCACUUCCUGUCGGGGCGUUCUGUUCGUGUGUCUGAUCGUCCUGCUGCUCUUCUCCAUCCUCUGCAUCUUCAUCCGCCACAGGAUCCUCCACAUCGUCUACGCCUCCCUGGGAGCCCUGCUCUUUACCUGUGUAAGUAGGGUCACUUGACUGCAUUCAAUAAUGGGCUGUAUAUGAAUAGCAGUUCUCAUUCAAAUUGCUGAAACAGCUUUGUACUGUAAGGGGACACUCACCUCAUCCACCACCACUGUGUCACCUUGGUAAGUAUUGUAACGAGACGUGGCAUAGUUUAAUCCCAGGAGUAGCACGCUUUAUUAUAGAGGGUCUCUAUUGUUUAUCAAGUACAUGUGUCAUUUUUAUUGUAUAGUCAAUGGGAUGGUUGCUAAAUGAGAAGGUUGAGGCAGGGCUAUACACAUUGAGCUCUAACAGCAUAAAAGUCCAACUGUCUGGACAUGUGACAUGGUUAUCAGGCUGCUGCUGGCGGCAUCAGGUUUUCCAUCUCUGCCUGAGCCCUGUCAAACUGGGCUAAUUUCAUCUGCAGAGUGGAAAAGUGAGAACGAAGCAAGAAUAAAAAAACGUUGCUACAUUUUGGAAACUCUAAAGGGGGAAAAAUGACCUUGGUGAUGCCAUCAGUCAGUAAUGGGAGCCAGUCAGACUCACCAAAACAGAAUUCUGCCCAGAGCUCUCAUUCACCUUAAACCAAGGCAGUAUAAAGAGACUGAGGGAUGGGGGAGAGGGCAGAGUGUUGGUGAGGAUGGAGGGAGAGGGGGAUGGGGGAGAGGGCAGCGUGUUGGUGAGGAUGGAGAGAGAGGGGGAUGGGGGAGUGGGCAGAGUGUUGGUGAGGAUGGAGAGAGAGGGGGAUGGGGGAGAGGGCAGAGUGUUGGUGAGGAUGGAGAGAGAGGGGGAAAUGGGGGAGAGGGCUAGUGUUGGUGAGGAUGGAGAGAGAGGGGGAUUGGGAGAGGCAGAGUGUUGUGAGGAUGGAGGGAGAGGGGGAUGGGGGGAGGGGCAAGUGUUGGUGAGAUGGAAGAGGGGGAUGGGAGAGGCAAGUGUUUGUAGGAUGAGGGAGGGGAUCAGAGUGUGUGAGAUGGAGGAGAGGGGGUGGGGAGAGGGCAGGGUGGUGAGGAUGGGAGGAGAGUGUGGGGGGAAUGGUGAGGUGGAGAGAGGGGGUGGGGAAGGUGGGUGAGGAUGCAGUGGGGAGAGAGGCAGAGUGUUGGUGAGGAUGGAGAGAGGGGGAUGGGGAGAGGAAUGAGGAUGGAAGGAGGGGGAGUGUGGGGGUGAAGGAGGGGGGAGAGGGAGGGGAUGGGGGAGAGGGCAGAGUGUUUGGUUUUUGUGAGGCAAGUGUUGUGAGGAGAGAGAGGGGAUGGGGGGGGCAGAGUGUUGUGGUGAGGAGGAUGGGAGGAGAGGGCAGAGUGUUGUGAGGAUGGAGGAGAGGGGAUGGGGGAGAGGGCAGAGUGUUGGUGAGGAUGGAGGGAGAGGGGGAUGGGGGAGAGGGCAGAGUGUUGGUGGAGGAUGGGGAGGGAGAGGGGGAUGGGAGGAGAGGGGAGCCCGAGUGUUGGUGAGGAUGAAUGAGAGGGGGGAUGGGGGAGAGGGCAGAUGUUGGUGGAGGAGGGGAGGGGAGGGAGGCAGAGGUUGGUGGGAUGGAGAGAGGGGAGGAGGGAAUGUUGGUGAGGAUGGAGGAGAGGGUGGGGAGAGGGCGAUGUUGGUGAGUGAGAGGGGUGGGGAGAGGGCAGAGUGUUGGUGAGGAUGGAGGGGGGGAGAGGGCAGAGGGUUGGUGAGGAUGGAGGGAAGGGGGAUGGGGGAGGAGGGCGAAGUGUUGGUGAGGAUGGAGGGAGGGAGGAGGGCAGAGGGGAGAGGUGUGGAGGAGGAGAGGGGGAGGGGGGAGGGGGAGAGGGCAGAGUGUUGGUGAGGAUGGGAGAGGGGGAUGGGGAGGGGCAGAGUGUUGGUGAGGAUGGAGGGAGAGGGGGAUGGGGGAGAGGGAGAGGGCAGAGUGUUGGUGAGGAUGAGAGGGGGAGGGGGAGGGCAGAGGUGGUGGGAGGUGGGGAGGGAAGAGUGUGGUGAGGAGGAGAGAGAGGGGGAUGGGGGAGGGGGGGAGAGAGAGAGUGUUGGUGAGGAUGGAGGAGAGAGGGGGGAUGGGGGGGAGAGGGCAGAGUGUUGGUGAGGAUGGAGAGAGAGGGGAUGGGGGAGAGGGCAGAGUGUUGGUGAGGAUGGAGAGAGGAGAGUUGGGGAUGGGAGAGGGAUGGGGCAAGAGUGUUGGUGAGGAUGGAGAGGAGGGGGCAGAGGGCAGAGUGUUGGUGAGGAUGGAGAGAGAGGGGGAUGGGGGAGAGGGCAGAGUGUGGUGAGGAUGGGAGAGGAGGGGGAUGGGGGAGAGGGGGGCAGAGUGUUGGUGAGAUGGAGAAGGGGGGGGGGAGAGGGGAGGGGGGAUGGAGGGAGGGGGAUGGGAGAGGGCAGGUGGUGCAGGAGGUGGAUGAGGUUGGUGAGGAUGAGAGAGAGGGGGAUGGGGGAGAGGGCAGAGUGUUGGUGGGAUGGAGGAGAGGGAUGGGGGAGAGGCAGAGUGUGUGAGGAGGGAGGGGGAGGGAGGGCCAGAGUGUUGGUGAGGAGGGGUGGAGGAGGCGAGGUGGUAUGGGGGAGUGGGCAGAGUGUUGGUGAGGAUGGAGGGAGAGGGGGAUGGGGGAGAGGGCAGAGUGUUGGUGAGGAUGGAGGGAGAGGGGGAUGGGGGAAGAGGGCAGAGUGUUGGUGAGGAUGGGAGAGGGAGAGGGGCGGCAGGGGGGUGGUGGGUGGGGAGAGGGGGAUGGGGGAGAUGGAGAGUGUUGGUGAGGAUGGAAGGGGGGGGGAGGAGGUGGGAGAGGGGAGAGGGGGAUGGGGGAGAGGGCAGAGUGUUUGGUGAGGAUGGAGAGAGAGGGGGAUGGGGGAGAGGGCAGAGUGUGGUGAGGAUGGAGGAGGGGGAGAGGGCAGUGUUGGUGAGAUGGAGAGAGAGGGGGAUGGGGGAGAGGAAGAGUGUUGGUAGGAUGAGGAUGGAGGAGGGAGGGGGAGGGGGAGAGGGCAAGUGUUGGUGAGGAUGGAGAGAGAGGGGGAUGGGGGAGAGGGCAGAGUGUUGGUGAUGAGAGGAGGGGGAUGGGGGAGAGGCAGAGUGUUGGUGAGGAUGGAGAGAGAGGGGGAUGGGGAGAGAGGGCAGAGUGUUGGUGAGGAUGGAGAGAGUGGAUGGGGAUGGCAGAGUUGGUGAGAUGGGGAGAGGGGGAGGGGAGAGUGUUGAGAUGUGUGGUAUGGAGAGAGAGGGGAUGGGGGAGAGGGAAGGCAGAGUGUUGGUGAGGAUGGAGAGAGAGGGGGAUGGGGGAUGAGGGCAGAGUGUUGGUGAGGUAUGGAGGAGAGGGGGAUGGGGGAGAGGGCAGCAGUGUUGGUGAGGAUGGAGAGAGGGCAGAGUGGAGGAUGGGGGAGAGGGCAGAGUUUGGUGAGGAUGGAGAGAGGGGAUGGGGAGAGGGCAGAGUGUUGGUGAGGAUGGAGGAGAGGGGGAUGGGGGAGAGAGGGCAGAGUGUUGGUGAGUGGAUGGAGAGAGAGGGGAAUGGGGGAGAGGGCAGAGUGUUGGUGAGGAUGGAGAGAGAGGGGGAUGGGGGAGACGGCAGAGUGUUGGUGAGGAUGGAAGAGAGAGGGGUGGGGGAGUAGGCGCAGAGUGUUGUGAGGAUGGAGAGAGGGGGAUGGGAGAGGGCAGAGUGUUGGUGAGGAUGGAAGAGAGGAUGGGUGGAUGAGGCAGAGUUAAGGCGGAGAGGUUGGUGAGAUGGAGAGGGGAGAGGGAUGGGGAAGAGGGCAGAGUGUUGGUGAGGAUGGAGAAGAGGGGAUGGGGGAGAGGGCAGAGUGUUGGUGAGGAUGGAGAGAGAUGGGGAUGGGGGAGAGUGGCAGAGUGUUGUGAGGAUGUGAGGAGAAUGGGAGAGGGCAGGUGUGGUAGGAUGGAGGGGAAGGGGGAUGGGAGAUGCAGAGUGUUGGUGAGGUGGAGAGGAGGAUGGGGGAGAGGGCAGAGUGGGUGAGGAGAGAAAGAAAUUGAGAGAGAGUGUUUGGUAGGAUGAGCGAGAAGCGGGGGUUGGGGUGGGGCAAGUUUGGCUGAGCAGACGAUUGAGGAAUGAAGGGCUGAUGCAAGUUUGGUGAGUGAGAAUGGGGACUGGGCCAGGAUCAUUGAUGUUGUAAUGAGUCGUCUGGAGGUAUCAGUGGGCAGCGUGUGCCAGGAGAGACUGAGCAUGAAAGUGGGACAAUAAAGAAGGAGAAGAAGUGGAAUGAUGAGAAGCAUUAAAAAAAUAGAGUCUCUGGGAAAGUCGAUCAGAAUUUGCGGAUAGAAGCUCGAACAAGUGGGCCUGAUAAGCAUCAAAUAACUAUUGUAGAGUUGGGGAGAGGGCAGAGUGUUGGUGAGGAUGGAGGGAGUGAGGGGGAUGGGGGCGGGGAAGGGAGAGUGUGGUGAGGGUGGAGAGAGGGGGGAUGGGGGAGAGGGCAGAGUGUUGGUGAGGAUGGAGAGAAUAAGGAAAGACAUCUGGAGAGGAGGGGUGGAAAAGUGGGCCCAGUGACCUGGAAUGAUGCCUGAAGGAAAGAAUGGGAACGGUGACAUAAGACCUACUGGAGGGAGGGAGGGAGGGAGAUGGACAGAUGAAAGAGAGGGAUGAAGUUCAAUGGUUGUGGGACGUGAAGGAGAGUGGGGAUGAAGAAAGACCAUUUAAAGACCAACAUUAAAUUAUUUAUAUUUUAUUCAGCAUAGUCUCUGAUGAUUUCAGGCUAAUACAGUAUGGCAGAACAUCACUGCUAACCUUUGCGGGUAUAAGAACAUGAAGCUUUAGAAAAACAUCAGCAUAACGGGCUGAAUCCUAACCUGCAAAUCCAUAUGAUGUACCUACUCUCCCCUAUUUGACCUAGAUUGUUUGUGUGUAUGUAUUGGUAUUGAUAUGUAGGAUAUAUGUGCCUUAUUUUAUAUUUUAUUGUAUUUUAUAUUUUAUUGAUGUAGUUCUGUCCUUGAGCUGUUCUUGUCUAUUCAUGUUAUGUAUUAUGUCAUGUUUUGUGUGGACCCCAGGAAGAGUAGCUGCUGCUUUUGCAACAGCUAAUGGGGAUCCUAAUAAAAUACCAAAAUACUCAGAUCUGUAUGCAAAGAGUUACGAUUCUUUCCUACGUGACUGAUUGCCUGGAAGUAAUUAUUCCUGACUCCAUGUUCUGUGUGGUUGUAGUUCUUGGCUGUAGACACCCAGCUCCUCCUGGGCAACAAGAAGCUGGCUCUGAGUCCAGAGGAGUACAUCUUCGCUGCUCUCAACCUCUACACCGACAUCAUCAACAUCUUCCUCUACAUCCUGGCUAUCGUAGGCCGUUCCCGCGAGUGA